AUACGCCAACAUCGCUCGAUGUCUAGAACAUAGGCCAGGGAGGUUGGGAGCAUUAUCGACUCUUUCCUGUCCCCGUUACGAUGGACGCCAGCCAGAUCCGUGCCCAGAUUCGGAACACGCUCAAUGAGACAUGGCUCGACUUUUACCGUCGCAUUCCUCAUCAACCGCGAUCCGUCCGGUACCCCGAGUACGUGGAGAUCUCGUCCAGGGAAGGCUUUCGCACGCAGUCGAAUGAGAGGUAUAAAGGUAUGGCAGAGAAGAGGAAAUGUAUUCAGGAGCACAGAGCGAAGAAGGCCAGGGAGGCCAAGGAGAAGGAAAGGACGGACGCGGUCGCACGAGCUCGCGAAGAUGAACAAGACGAGGACGUCACGAUGGACGAGGAUCAGGAUGUCGAGAUGCAAGACGUGGGGGCGACUGAAACCAUCAAGCCCGUCUCGGCUCAUGAAGGUAGUUGCCCCUUCUGGAUCGAUCCCGAAGUACCGCCAUCAGACCUCAUCAUCGGAGGAACUGUUGUGAACCCUUCAAUCUCCGGCCCCACUGCCAGCGGAUCCACUCAGGUCCCAAUCGACUCGAAGCCUUUCGCACCCUCGUUCAUGAACAAAACAGUAUUCUUGGUAGACCCCAAGAGCGCGAGCAGAUUUCUUGGCAGUCGCCGACAAGUCAAGGUCUUUCAUCGUCCCGGAUUCAUGGAACCCAUCUCUCAUGGAAAAUACCUUUCCCGUACCGCCUUCUCUCCGGCUACCAGCACCGGGUCCGGGAACACCCGCGCCGAAACCAGGUUGAGCUCCACUUCGAACAAGCUUACCGCCCGUAGGCUUCCUGUCGACCUAAACCUGUACGGUCCCCCCUGCCACCCGGCCAGACAGUACAAGUUUUGUAACCCCAUCUCGUCGACCAUGUGGGUCUCCGAACAAGUGGUUUUACCGUUCUUACCUACAUUCGAGGAUGGGACGAUAUGGAACAUUGAGGGUCUGCAAAACCUGUACGACAGAAGGUAUGCUUGGAACGACGAAGAUCGGGAUCCAGACAUCGAUGUCAUCCUCGUUGAAGUUCUCGCCAGGCUCAAAAGCUGGCGCGAACAGAACCCAGCUCUAGCGAAGUUCGUCUCGCUUCCCCAGAUCCAGGCGACGGGGAUCUUGCCUCAAACGGUCGAUCAGAUAGAAGAAUGGCGGGCGUUCAGGGACCUGUUUCCGUUCCCACUUGCGAUCGAGGAGAUGGGAUCAGUUGAAAAUGGAAUGUCGCCACCGCUGCAACAGCAGCAACAGAUUCAACAGCAAGGGCAGCAGGAACAGCACCAGGCAGGUCUGGGAGGGGGGAUUACGCCGGCGACGACAGCAUCGGAUCCGGAAGUCAGGGAGGUUGACAACAUGGUCGCUCGGAGUGCAACCCCGAUGACGCCAACCACUGCUGCGGUAUCGGGUUCCGGUGUGCCAGGCCUGGCGACUCUGAUGGCCGCGUCGACGACAAAACGGAUCGAAGCGGGUCCGAGCCGGUUGAGCGCGGAGCCGAGUCGCUUCAAUCUGUCGUUGAGAACGAGCACGUCUGCGACCGGUUUGCCGGGCAGCUUGUCCCGUCGACAAGACUCUGCCGCGCUCUCUUCCCAUACGAGCAAAAGAGUCAAAGCUACGACUGCCGGGUUUUCGACACGUAGAGACCGACGACGACCGCGGCCAACUUGGACGGAUGUUCAAGUCAGGGAACUAAAAGCAGUGUUCAUCGAAUCCCGUCGAUGCCCGGAAGUGACGGAUGAAACGUUGGCGGAAGAAAGGGACAAGGAAGAAGAAAUGUUCUCGACCAUGAGGAACCAGCAAGAGCUCCUCUGUCCCAACGGGUCUUGUCGGAUGUACGCGUGUCCGUUUCAUCUCGGGGAUGCAGCCAUCGAGGUCAUCCCUUAUCUUGAUGUAUCGACUGUGCCCCCUCACGCAAAGACGUUGCUUCACUCCGAAGAUCUCGAGCGGAAGUGCUCGAACGAGUGCUACUUUGCGCUGCGCGGGGCCGACGACAACGUGUGUACGGAGAUGAGAGAGGCCGAUAAGCAUUUAUUGCGAACCUUUUUAAGCGGGCUGCCCCCCGACGGUGGGGGUGAAGGACUAUACGUCUGCGAUCUGGUCGAUCUGUUUGCUAUGUCCCAGGGACCCAAGGGCAGUGGGUGGUCGUGCUUACAACUCGGCCUCCAUGUCAAGCGCCUGUUCGACGCGUUCAAUACUACUGCUGUAAUUUCGGCUUCGAACGCGGUCGAGCCUGUCAUCGUUCCUGCGGCUAACAUCAAGGCCAAGGACACGUUGCCCGACAAGAUGCUGCCCAAGAGGGCGAGCCAAAUCCAGAAGCAGAUCAGACAAUUGACGGGGGAUGCUUCAGGGAGAUCGAGAAGCAACACGCCCGCAUCGGCCAACGAACCGGUUCCUAUAUUCGAACAGGAACACUACAACAUGGUCCCGAACGACUUGGCUCUCUGUUCGCAUGAAGGCCCGUGCACCACAGACAACUGCGAGUGCUUUAGGAAGCACAAUUAUUGCACUCGAGAAUGCAGGUGUCCUCCGACGUGUCGCCGUCGCCACCCGGGUUGCAGGUGCGCUCCCUAUCACGUGUCACCAGGCCUGCCCGAGAAGAGGAUGACUUGCGGGACCGACAAAUGUCCCUGCUUCAGGGCUGGUAGAGAGUGCGAUCCCGAAAGCUGCGGUGACUGCGGUGCAAGGGAGGAAGUUGAAAUGGCCACUCGACCAGAAGAGGAACGUGUGUCCGAGCAGAGCGAAGGUCAACGCUGGUUUCCUGGUAAAUGUCGGAACGUCGGCCUGCGGUCUGGGGAAUUCCAGCCAGUACGUGUCGAUUAUAGCAGUAUCCAUGGGUAUGGUCUCUUUGCCAAAGUCGACAUACCCAAUAAUACGCUUAUCAUCGAAUACGUUGGGGAAAUGGUGAACAACAACGAGUCAUCCAAGCGAGAGAACUUAUCUUCUCCCCUUGGCGUGAAUUAUUUGUUCGGAAUCAAUAACAUCAUGGACGUCGACUCUUUCCGUCGAGGCAACGCAUCCCGGUUCAUCAACGAGCCAAAUGACCCGAGAAUGGCAAACUGCGGGCCGCGAAUCAAGAUCGUCCAAGGAAAUCAUCGAGUCGAGAUUCGAGCGAUCCGCGCUAUUCGACUAGGCGAAGAACUCUUGAUGAGUUACGGCAAAAAGUUCCACAACAAGGAGCAGCAACUGCCCACUUCAACCUCAGCUCCAGCUCUGAAAGCUCCAGCACAAUCGAAACGAGCUGGAAAGCAGAAAGAGGUGUCGACGCGGCCACCUGGCAAGAAGCCGAUCGAAGCAUCGAAUUCGAAACGGAAGUUGCAGCGGAGCACUUCUGGGAGGAGUACCCCGUCCAGCGUCGUGCUGCCUGGGCAGGGCGAACCCGGACCUUCCUCCACAGCUGCGAGGAACGAUACAGCGGCGGCAACGGCGUCGUCUUCGAGGGUAAAGCCGACUUCUCAAAACGCAACGCAGGGGUCCAGUGCCGUUCUCGGAGGGCCGCAAUCGUCUCCCAUGGAUGAUGUGCCUCUGCUGGACGAUCCGACUUUUGUCGGAGAGAUCGAUCAAGACUUGAGUGACGACCCAGAUUACGAAGCAGAUUCGGCGGAAUCCGAUCACUCGAUGUAUACCGGGGAGACGGCGAGGAACAGAAAGAAAAGAAGGAUCUUUCAACUGGCGAGCAGGAGGUAGAAGACGUCCGAUGUAUUCUUGAGAGACCAAGCGUGUAGUGUACGCUGUGUCCCCAUGUCUGAUAUACUUCAGGGUGAUCUCUUGAAA